AUGGCGCGGGGGGCCGGCCCGCCGCUGCGGCUGCUGCUCCUGCUCCUGCUGCAGCUCCUGGCGCUCCCCGCCGGCCGCGGCAACCGCACCGGCCCCGACUCCCUGUAUGUCUCCGAGUACUUCUCCCAGAGCGCACAGAAGCUGUCCUUCUACAGCUGGUAUGGGAACGCCAAGCUCUUCCACUUCCACGUGCCAGAAGACACAGUGCUGCUUCGCUGGCUCCUGCAAGCGUCCCGGGGGAAAGGACCUGAGUGCACCAACAUGGAGAUCACAGUGCAUUUUCGCUACGGAGCCCCUCCUGUAAUUAAUCCACUGGGGACUCGUUUUCCUGCAAAUGCGACCGUCCGUCCUUCCUAUAACAUAAGCAUCACUCUGAGCAGCGCUGUGCAAAACGCCACCUUUGUGAACGUCACCACCCCUGCUGCCGGAGACUGGUUCAUCGCUGCCCAUCUCCCUGAGGCUGCUGGCAGGAUUGAAGUGAAGGGUUUCUCCACUCCAUGCCCCUAUAUGUUCCAGGCAGAUAUGUUUGUGCUCAGACUCACUGAUAUGCCUGUUCUGGAGCCUGGUGUUGCUAUGCCACAAAGGGUCGUCUCGCCUGCUAAGCCACUGCAUGUUAAGGUCUUCGUUCCCAAGCACGCUGCCAGGAUGCGGUUUGAGCUGCGAAGCUGCAUGACAAGCGAGCAGAAAGCGUGCGCUGUGCGGGUAGUGCUGGGCUCCAUCACGCUGCCCCAGUCCUUCCAGAGGAUCGUCACCUGCGUGGGGAAUGUAAACUGCAGCCUGGCCCUGGACUCGCCCCCCUGGGAGAAGUGGCUGCAGAUCAUGGUGGAGAGUCUCGGCGCUGCCAAUGCCACUGUGUUGGUGGAGAUGCUGGCUUCUUUCACAGCUUGCAGACCAGGAAGUACCAGUUCAUUUCUUAACUUCAGCAGCCUAAACCAGAGCCAAACUGGUCCCAGACCAGGUAGCGCAGGAGCAGCAGGGACCUCGGCUCUCUCUGCUGGAGAGGCUUCACGCAAUGCGUCCAACCAGAGGAGCUUCUGUCUGCAGAACCAACCCGUCGUUCGUGAGGACCUGGAUGUGGUGUCUGUGCGCUACAGGCUCUUGAACGGUCCCAGUGUGCCUGUGAACUCCCUCUCCCCGACCCUCCUCCUCCUCAACCUGAACACUGGCAUGGACAGUGGGGGUUCCCUCGUGGUCAGUCUCCUGCUUAACAAGACAUCCGUGAGCCUGGCCAAUGCCACCGUGGUAGCGUGUGUGAGUGCUGCUUCACCGGUGCUGUCCCUCAAUGCCACACAGAACUGCAGCACAGCUUUUUUCCAGGGCUACCCUCUGAGCGUGAGCACGUCCUCUGUGGAAGCGAUGCUGAUUGUCCUGUACCCGCAGACGGAUGACUGGUUCCUCUCCCUGCAACUCAUCUGCCCGAAGGGUCAGGGUGAAUGUAAGGCUGCAGAAGCCAAAGUGACCGUCUUCGCAUACCUCACCCCCUGCUUCAAUGACUGUGGGCCGUACGGACAGUGCAGCCUCCUGAGAAGACAUGGCUACCUCUAUGCUGGCUGCAGCUGCAAGGCUGGUUGGGGCGGGUGGAGCUGCACGGACGAUACCAAGGCCCAGUCUGUCGGCGCGCAGAACCUGGCCACUCUCCUGCUCACCCUGAGCAACCUCAUGUUCCUGCCAGCAAUAGCAGUUGCUGUUCAUCGCUACUACCUGGUGGAGGCCUCCGUCUACACCUACACCAUGUUCUUCUCCACGUUCUACCACGCGUGUGACCAGCCAGGCGUCGCGGUGAUGUGCAUCAUGGACUAUGACACACUACAGUACUGUGACUUUUUGGGCUCUGUGGUGUCCAUCUGGGUGACGAUCCUGUGCAUGUCCAGGGUGAAGAAGAUCCUGAAAUACGUCCUUUUCGUCUUGGGGACCUUGUUAAUUGCCAUGUCCCUGCAGCUGGACCGCAGAGGGGUGUGGAACAUGAUGGGUCCCUGCCUCUUUGCCCUCGUCAUCAUGAUUGCAGCGUGGGUUUACCACGGAGUGAAACGCAGACACUGCUACCCCUCCUCGUGGAAGCGUUGGGUUUUCUACCUCCUCCCAGGGAUCACCUUGGCUUUCAUUGCCAUCUCAGUAUAUGCAUUCAUGGAAACCAAUGAGAACUAUUACUACACCCACAGCAUCUGGCACGUGUUGGUGGCUUGCAGUGUUGCUUUCCUGCUUCCUCCUCGGGACAAGCAUAAGAAGCCCUGGGCCUGGUCACAGAAGCUCACUUGUCGCUAUCAGAUCUGCCAGAAUGACCGUGAGGAGCUCUAUGCAGUGACCUGAAACUGCUCGGCUCCCGGUUGCAGAGGUGGAGGGCUGGUGAGGUUGCUCU